AUGGCUCGCUUCGGUCUCCUUGUCUUCCUUGCCGCUGCUGCUGCUGGUGCCGCUGCCGCCACUGUCGACCAGCAGGUCUUCCCAGGCAACACUGACAAUAAAUGGGACUGGAACGACUGCGGCACCGACUCGCACCUCGUGCACAUCCAGAGCAUCUCCAUCUCGCCUGACCCUCCCCAGCGUGGCAAGGACUUGACGAUCACUGUUGAGGGUAUUGCAGACGAGGACAUUACUGAGGGCGCGUACGCAGAGGUCACUGUCAAGGCGGGUGUAAUCAAGCUCCUCCAGAAGGAGUUUGACAUUUGCGAGGAGGCGGAGAAGGCGAACACCACCGUCCAAUGCCCUGUGGAGAAGGGGACGCACAAGGUCGUCCAGACCGUCACUCUUCCCAAGGAGAUUCCUCCUGCCAAAUUCAAUGUGGCCAUACGCGGAUUCACGGAGGAUGACGAAGACCUGGCAUGCAUGGACCUCAUGAUGGACUUCAGGCUCCGUUUCAUGCCGUGA